CGUCCGACCGCCGGAGUCGCAACGAGCUCGCUCCCGGGAGGCGUCACAAAGGGCUGAGGCCUGCGGAGGCCUAGCGCGCACCUCUCCGGGGCGGAGCCGCCGGGCUCGGGCUGGGGCUGCGCCGGGUCAGCGGAGGCUGCAGCCGCCAGGGGGUGGCGCGGCGGCCCAGACCGCCAGCUAGGAGGUCGCCGGAGCAGGGAGGAUGCCCCAGAUGCAGCCCGAACGGCCGAGCGGAGCCGCCGAGCUCCCCGGCCCCCGCCGCAGCGGAGGGGCGCAGAGCGUGGCGCGGGCCGGGCGGAGCUAGAGGUGGGCGUCUGCACCGCGUCGCGCCACCCGCUGCUCCCCGCCUCCGGCCAGGCCCGGCAGCCUGUCGUGGCCGAUGUCCUGACCGCGGGUGCAUCUGCAGGGUUGGCUAGGCACCGCGCCUGGGGAAAGGCCUGAGGAGUCCCCGCGGCGGCCACGUCCAGUAGCACCGGACGCCGGUCCCCGGGGGCGCGCGCUUGGGCGCUCCUCCCUCCUGCCCCAGCACCGCGUCACCGCAAGGUCCUCCCCCGACCCCUCCUCCCACCCACCCUGGAGGAUGCGCUCCCAGGCGCCGAGCGGCAGAGGCCACCGCUCUCAGAAAUGCGUGCACCGGCUCCCUUUUUCCCGGACCCGAAGAGCCGGCGCCCCCGCCCUGUAGGGUGAUGACUCAUUGAUUAAAAAGGAAUUUUGCAAAUAUUUUGCACUUUUGAUUGCAUAUUAUGGAUACCAAGGAAGAGAAGAAGGAACGGAAACAAAGUUAUUUUGCUCGAUUGAAAAAGAAAAAGCAAGCCAAACAAAAUGCAGAGACAGCCUCAGCUAUGGCUACAAGGACUCAUUCUGGAAAAGAAGAUGCUAGUACAGUCAUUUUAGAACAAGACAUGUGCAACAUUGCUGUGGAAGAGGAAUAUAUUACUGAUGAGAAAAAAAAGAGAAAAAGUAAUCAGUUAAAGGAGAUCAGGCGUACAGAACUAAAGAGAUAUUAUAGUAUUGAUGACAAUCAAAACAAAACACAUGAUAAAAAAGAAAAGAAGAUGGUGGUUCAGAAGCCCCAGGGUACUAUGGAAUACACUGCUGGAAGCCAGGACACCCUAAACUCCAUAGCACUGAAAUUUAACAUCACUCCCAAUAAACUAGUGGAACUGAAUAAGCUUUUCACACAUACUAUUGUUCCAGGCCAGGUUCUUUUUGUGCCAGAUGCCAACUUUCCUUCCAGUACCUUAAGGUUAUCAUCAUCCAGUCCUGGUGCUACUGUCUCUCCUUCGUCAUCAGAUGCAGAAUAUGAUAAACUGCCUGAUGCUGACUUAGCAAGAAAGGCCUUAAAACCCAUUGAGAGAGUCUUAUCAUCCACUUCUGAAGAGGACGAGCCAGGCGUGGUAAAAUUUUUAAAAAUGAAUUGUCGCUACUUCACUGAUGGAAAGGGUGUGGUCGGAGGUGUCAUGAUCGUUACUCCUAACAAUAUCAUGUUUGACCCUCAUAAGUCCGAUCCCCUGGUCAUUGAAAAUGGGUGUGAGGAGUACGGCCUCAUUUGCCCCAUGGAAGAGGUUGUUUCCAUCGCGCUCUACAAUGACAUCUCCCACAUGAAGAUCAAAGAUGCCUUGCCAUCUGACCUACCUCAGGAUCUUUGUCCUCUGUACAGGCCUGGAGAAUGGGAAGACCUGGCUUCAGAAAAGGAUAUCAACCCAUUCAGUAAGUUCAAAUCUCUCAACAAAGAAAAACGGCAGCAGAAUGGAGAGAGAACCAUCACUUCAGAUUCCAAAUCAACAAGACCUUUGGAGAAGUCAACAGAACACACAGAAAAGAAACCUUCAGACAGCUCUGUGUCAGACAAGUUAAAGAAACUGGAAUUCUCUGCAGAGGCAAUCAAACGGUCUGCCGCAGUAGCUAAAGUCAGCAAGGAACUUUCUGACACUCAGGCUGCGUUUGAAUCUAUAGCCAAAGAAAAUUCUCUCUUAGGAGAAGAAGACGACUUCGUUGACUUGGAAGAACUUUCUUCUCAAAAUGAUAGUGGAAUGGACAAAAGAGACACCUCAAAGGAGUGCCUUUCUCUUGACCCAGCGGAGCUAGGGAAGACUAAAUCACAAAUAAUCGGUUCUACUACGGAAAUGCAGGUGCAGUCAGCCCUGAACUUUUCAGAAACAGAGUGUGAUGCUGAAUUGAAGGGGACCCUAGAUUUAGAAACCUGUGAGAAGCAAGAUAUAAUGCCAGAGGUGGACAAGCAGUCUGGUUCCCCAGAAAGCCAGGUGGAAAACACAUUGAACAUACAUGAAGAUCUAGAUAAAGUUAAACUCAUUGAAUAUUACCUUAAUAAGAACAAAGAAGGGUCACAGUUACCUGAUAACUUGCAGAAGGCAGAAUUAGUUGAUGGCAAAAGUAUUGAGCCAGUGGGAAUAGACAUCACUCUUAGUAGUUCUCUUCCCCAGGCAGGUGAUCCCCCAAUUGAGGGCAAUGAACAGCCAGAUAAAACCUGGGUGAAAGAGAGAGCACCCCUUCCACUGCAACUAGGCUCUUCUACAGAAGAAAAUAUGAAUAAAGUGUAUCCAGACUCCUCUUUGGAACCUACUCUGGACAACAGCUGCCAAGGUGCACAAAUGGAUAAUAAAUCUGAAAUUCAGUUAUGGCUAUUAAAGAGAAUUCAGGUACCCAUUGAAGAUAUACUUCCUUCAAAAGAAGAGAAAAGCAAGACUCCACCUAUGUUUCUGUGCAUUAAAGUGGGAAAACCAAUGAGAAAGUCCUUUGCCACUCACACUGCAGCCAUGGUCCAGCAGUAUGGCAAACGAAGAAAGCAACCAGAGUACUGGUUUGCUGUUCCUCGGGAGAGGGUGGAUCACUUGUACACGUUCUUUGUUCAGUGGUCUCCUGAUGUCUAUGGGAAAGAUGCCAAAGAGCAAGGCUUUGUGGUGGUGGAAAAAGAAGAACUGAAUAUGAUUGACAACUUCUUCAGUGAGCCGACCACCAAGAGCUGGGAGAUCAUCACCGUAGAGGAGGCAAAACGCAGGAAGAGCACAUGUAGCUACUAUGAAGAUGAGGAUGAGGCCGCCCUGCCGAUCCUGCAGCCCCACAGUGCGCUUCUGGAGAACAUGCACAUCGAGCAGCUGGCCCGACGCCUUCCAGCAAGGGUACAGGGGUAUCCAUGGAGUCUCGUGUACAGCACAUUAGAGCAUGGGACCAGCUUGAAAACUCUCUACCGGAAGUCAGCAUCACUAGACAGUCCUGUCCUAUUGGUCAUCAAAGAUAUGGAUAAUCAGAUUUUUGGAGCAUAUGCAACUCAUCCUUUCAAGUUCAGUGAUCACUAUUAUGGCACAGGCGAAACUUUUCUCUACACGUUUAGCCCUAACUUCAAGGUCUUUAAGUGGAGUGGAGAAAACUCAUACUUUAUCAAUGGAGACAUAAGUUCUUUGGAACUUGGUGGUGGAGGGGGACGAUUUGGUUUAUGGCUAGAUGCUGAUUUAUACCAUGGACGAAGCAACUCCUGCAGCACUUUUAAUAAUGAUAUUCUUUCCAAAAAGGAAGACUUCAUAGUUCAGGAUCUCGAGGUAUGGACAUUCGAGUGAAAUUCAGACUGCCUUAAAAUACGACAUUAAAAAGACUGGGUUCAAUCAGCCCUGCUAAAGCUGGCUGGAAGAGCAAGCCCCAGCCCAGACUGCCUCAUCCCAUCAUAGUGCUUUCUUUCUGCCUUCAUCUCAGCGUGUGAUCACAUUGCAGAGAGAUUCUGAAAGGUACAUGUGGAAGGCAGACGAUGAAGAAAGAAAUCUGAAGUCCAGAUUGUUGAAAGACUUUAUACUCUCACUUCCUUCAAAUCCAUACAGUGAGGAAUCAGAAUAUUUAUAGAUGUGAGUUGAAUGCAAUUUUUAUUUUUGUUAACUGUGAAAAAGAAAAUACUGUGGAAAUAUAUACAUUCCUUGUAUAUUUAUCAAUAUAAUUUUCAUUACCAAAAUGUACAGCAUACUGUUGUUAGCCAUGGAAAAGUUUAGUCUCAUUUAGAAAAAUUCAAAGUGCACAGCACUUAAAGGGAAUAUAUGAUUUUUAAAAACUGUUUUAUUUAUUAUUUCUAGUAUAUUGUCUGAAAUGUGUUGGCAGUUUUUUCUUUUAAUGUGUCAAAUUUUGAAAUAAAGGAAUGUAUACAUUUUGUGCUAUGUUUUGGCAACAAACCCAUUUGAUUUAUAUAGUUUUAUAUUAAAUUUUUUUUGCCCUGAUUGUUUAGGGUGAUAUGUAUAUGUAUGUGCUGCUUAAUGUCCAAAUAUAUAUAUGUAUACACACAUAUAUAUAUACACAUAAUUCUGAAUUUUUUAAAACUCAAUACCAAUGUUUAUUGAUUUGACUGUUGUAGGCCAGCUUUCCAUUUAGUCAUUAAAAAGGUACAUUUUUAGUUAUUUACUCUGAACAUAACUGUGUAAAAGAAAAAUAAGCUAUUUCUCUCAGUCAUAAGUUGAUAUUUACAGAAAUGUAUACCUUUAUGAGCCUAGAUUUAGAACAAACCCUGCUUUUGAAAAGAAAAUGUUUUGCUUCUUAUAAAAUCACGUGUUAAUAACAAAAAUUGUAUUUUUAUUGGAUUUUUUUGCAUAAUUUUCCCCAAGUUUUUACAUUAAUGAACAGGCCUCUGUUUGAAAUGAGACUGUUUUAAUUUCUGUAUAUUUUAUAUCAAAUGAAAAAAAGGUCAAAUUAUCCCAAUUGUCUUGAUUUCUAGACUCUUUUAUUUGAGAAAAAUCAAUGCAAAGAAAUGCAUUCAUACCAAAAUUCGAAUAAAAAGUAAACACUUGUUUUUUAAUAUCAACUCACUUUCACAUCAUAAAACACUCUUUUAUUAAAGUUAAUAAUAAAGACUUGUUAAAAUUUUAACAAAUAUUAUUGACUGUCAGACCUUUAUGAAAGCCAAAGACUGCUAAUGGAAAAAAAUGUCAAAUGAUAGCCAAAGCUGAGAAAGUGGUCUGUCAUAAGUUACAUACCCAGUGAUCUUUGAAGGAAAAAUUAAUAAAAAGUAGUGUUUAUAUACCUGCAUUUUAAAGAAGUAAACAGUUCUUAGAAUGUUGGCCUUAAGCUGGCAGAAUAUUUCCUUUAGCUUAUUCUCUUAUUUUAGACUAUUUAUAAAAGAGAACAAACAAAUUGCCAAGUGGCCUCCUGUCAGAUCAACAGUUAUUUUACUCCACCCACAUUUCCAUGCAAGUUUAAAUGAACGCUAUAAAAUCUUAAGUCUAUAGCCUGGGUGCACUUUCACCCAAGUUCUAUUGAGAACUCUUGAUUAACAACUUAUUGGCAGUUUAACCUUAAUCUGCUUGUUAAAUUAUGUGUUGGUAUGAGAUACCAGGAAUGUCUCAUAAUGAUCACGUUUACCAUUUAUGCCAUUUGCAACCAUAUGCUAUUAACGAAAUGGUCAUUUUGCAUAUAGUUCACUCCUACCUAGUUUAGUCCAUGAUAUUAUACUUGUGAGAGCAUAUUCAGAUGCUGUGUUCUCUAUUUAAAACAGUAUUGUCCAAUCAGAAAUGUGUGGCCCUUCAUUUAUGGAUACUGAAUAUAUGUAAUGCAGUGCUAGCCCAAUAUUUUCAAUAAAGGAAUUUAUGCAUUCAGUGUGA